AUGAGUGAGAGGCGCAGUCUGCUGAGAGCUGCGGUGAAUGAGCGGCUGGCUGCGGCUGCAGAAGAGAUCUUUGUGCUUCUGGAGAGAACUAUAGCGGAGUAUGAGGAGGAAGUGUGUCGCUCCAAAGAGCAGAACCAGAGGAACCAGCAGCUGCUGGAGGCUCUGCGGCCCAGAGUCCUGCUCCCCGGGGAUAAAGGCAUCUUCAUCAGCACCAGUGGAUCAGAGCCAGAGACCAGACUGAAGCAGGAAACUGCAAAGACUCCAGAGAUUAAAGAGGAACCAUCAGAACAGAGCAUCAACCAGGAGGAAGAGGAGGAAGAGGAGAGCCUCAAACAGGAGGAAGAGCAGCUUCCACACUUCACGAGUGUGAAAAGUGAAGAAGAACAAAGGGCACAAAGGGAAAUCUAUUAUCUUGACAAUGAUGACGACGAUGAUGAAGACUGGGGACAUCCAGGCAGCAGUUCUACUGCACAGAUGCAGACAGAGGCUGAGGGAGACCUCUACAACCAAGUCCACACACAGGGACUGUCAGGGACCGGACCCAGAGACCUGCUGUCAGGGACCGGACCCAGAGACCUGCUGUCAGGGACCGGACUGUCAGGGACCGGACCCAGAGACCUGCUGUCAGGGACCGGACUGUCUGGGACCGGACCCAGAGACAUAGGAGCAGAGACUGUGGGAGAUGAAGGAUCUGAAAGGAGAUAUGAAACCUUCACUAAACGGUCUGUAGCGUCUACAGAACCUUCACCAAACGUCACGGUCCGUAGCGUCUACAGAACCUUCACUAAACGGUCUGUAGCGUCUACAGAACCUUCACCAAACGUCACGGUCCGUAGCGUCUACAGAACCUUCACUAAACGGUCCGUAGCGUCUACAGAACCUUCACCAAACGUCACGGUCUGUAGCGUCUACAGAACCUUCACCAAACGUCACGGUCCGUAG